AUGUUUACCCAACUACGCAACUUCGUCGUGGCAGCACUGACAAUCCAGAGCUUCACUGGAUCCCCAGUCGUCAGCGCUGCUAGCCCCCAGCCACCGGAACUGUCAUACCUCUACACAGCUUUCGUGUACUGUAAGGGGUCACUGAUGAACGAAGACGGACCGCGGGGUAUCCGAAGGGCAAUUCCCAUAGUCGGAGGUAACUUCACCGGUCCACGGCUGUCUGGGAGCAUCCUCGACGUUGGCGCCGACUGGGGUACCGUGGAUCCUAAAACCGAGAUCUUCUCCGCCGACACACGGUAUAACCUGCGCACUGGCGAUGGGGCGGACAUCUUCGUGCAGACGUCCGGCCCGAAGGCGCCCUCGGGGAACCUGCACCUGCGGCUGGUGUUUGAGACCGGGCAUGAGAACUACUAUUGGCUGAAUAAUGUUGUUGGUGAGUUCUGUUCCGAGUGGCGAGAGCGAGUUUAG